AUGCCCGGAGUCACGGUGAAGGACAUGAACCAGCAGGAGUUUGUCUGGGCCCUGGCCGCCUUCCUGAAAAAGUCAGGGAAGCUGAAAGUCCCCAAAUGGGUGGACACGGUCAAGCUCGCCAAACAUAAGGAGCUAGCGCCCUACGACGAGAACUGGUUCUACACCCGCCGCCUCCACAGCCUGUCACCUGUACCUCUGGGACGGUGCUGGCAUGGGCUCCGAGAUCUAAGGGGGGUGCCAGCGCAAUGGGGUCAUGCCCAGUCACUUCAGCAGAGGCUCCAAGAGCGUGGCCCGGAGGGUCCUGCAAGCCCUGGAAGGCCUCAAGAUGGUGAAGUGCCAGGAUGGCGGCCGGAAGCUGACACCUCAGGGGCAGAGAGACCUGGACAGAAUUGAUGGACAGGUGGCAGCCGCCAACAAGAAACAUUAGGACAAACCA